AUGACCAGGGUCGUCCCAGCGCAGUGUGCAGACUCGGUCUUGAAAAUGAAAAGAUUUUGGGAGGAGCAGGGGGAGUGGCCGGAGUCAUUACACGUGGAAAUUCCGGAUCCGGGCAGCCAAAAGGAAUGGUCCGGGCAGGUUUUCCGGCUGCGGAACGUGUUUGUGAAUUGGAGGGGUCAGGUGUUUAACCAGACGCAUCUGUUUGACACUGGGAGAUGCGGCGACCGAUUGGCCGAUUUCGACUACCCCUUAGGCACCCGUUUUGCCACCUUCCCCGCCCUCCUCAACCUUCUCUCCACCGCCCUCUCGCCGUCCGAUGUGGUCUUCUCGGAAAUGGCGGAAAAGCUUCCUCUCUUCCUGUCGCUGGCCCCUGCCAUGUCGCUCCUGAGGCGCAUACCUGUUGCAGUGCAGAACAGGAAGUUGGUGCGGGGCAUCUGGCAGGCCGUGGUGGGGUUGAGGCCCACAGCGAGUGCCAUCCAUGCCAUGGCGCACUCAUCACUGCUCUUUGCUCGCACGCUCUACAUGCCACUGUUCCCCCCAUGCGGCCACCCCAGUCCAUCUCUCCUGCAUGCGUUCCGCGCGCGCCACCUCUUCCCCGCUUCCGGUCUGCCCCUCUUCUCUCCAACGGCCGCCUACCUCUCCCCUGAGCAAGGAGAGCAAGGAGAGGCAGAGGGAGCAGUGGGGAUGCCUAUGGGGCCUAUGGGGCCUAUGGGGUCUAUGGAUGGGCGUUUGAAGCAUGAUUGGGUGGUGGUGGUGGCGGCUCCCCCAUCCCGUCUGCCCACAGUGCAAGCCGCUGAGCUGGCUGCAGCGCUGCGUGCGGUGAAGUGGAUACUGAAGCAGCUCUAUACCGAGGAUAGAGUCGCCGUGUACAGACGUAGCAUGCCGCUCCUUGAAGCCAGGGAGCUGUUCCAACGAGCGCUGCUAUUUGUUGCAUGUGGUAACGCCCUCGUGAACACCCUCUUCAUGCCUUCCCAUUCCUCUGUCAUCGAAAUUCGCACCAGCACCAGCAGCAGCAGCGGCGGUGCAGAUUCAGUGUCUGGGGAAGGGUUCCGGACAAAGAUUCCAGGAAGCAAGGUCAGCCGGGCAGGUUUGAAAGAAAAGUUUCUGAAAUGGCAGGAGUGUGUGGCAGCAGAGGGCAGCUGGAAAUUCGACCCGAGGCCGAGGCGAUUACCCUGGGAAUUCAAGGGUUACUCGAAUUACUGCGACAAAAGGCACAUGGCAGCAUCUCCUACCGCUGUCGUGGUCUCCAAAGCAGAUCAAAUCGCAGAUUCCAUUAUGAAGCUUCCUCCGGAAGAGAGGAAGGUGCGGCAGGAGGAGUGGGACGUACGGCCCCAGCUGAAAUACGUGUGGGACACGGAGGGUAAGUGUGGGGCAUGGGAGGCUUUUGAUGGCCGAGUGGUGUGUGACUGGAUGAGAGGGAGAAGGUGGAAUGGAACAGGAAUGCCGUUGACAGAAGAGGAGGAGGAGGAGAGGGAAGAGGCGGCAUUCAAAGGGGAGGCUGUGAGGGAGAAGGGCGACGGGAGCGGCGCUCUUGUACUCCUUAUAGGCGACUCGUUACAGGAGCAGUUUGUGCGCGUGCUGGUGAACAACAUGCUGACGCAUGUAAAGAAACCCGCCACGUGGGCGGCGGAGGAAACCAUUCCCAAGGAAUGCAGCGAACUCAUCGAACCUGACCAUGCCAGGCACUCGUUCUGCCGAGACUACAAGCUUCACAGCAACGUGUGUGCUAAUCUCACCAUCCGGUUCAUUCGCCACGACUAUCUCCAGCUUUCCAACUCCCAGAUCAAGUUCGACCGCGUCCCCUUCGCCCGCCUCUCUAUACUCGCUGGCGCCCGCGUGUUUAUUCUGAAUCGCGGCGCGCACUACCGCCCGGACCGGCACUUCAUCUCGGCCGUCCGUUCAACUUUAAGAUUUCUCCGGAACAAGCUCCCGGACGCGCUCUUGAUCUAUCGUACCACCGUGCACGGCCAUGCCAACUGCUCGGAACAUGACAAGCCUCUGCUCGUGCCGGGUCCCACCGACAACCUGCCGUUCUUCUGGGGGAAGUUUCAUGAGCAGAACGAGCUGGCACGGGCGGCGGUGGAGGAGGUGGGCGGCGUGUAUUUGGAUGUAGCGGCAAUGACGGUGCUUCGACCGGACUCGCAUCAGGGGUUCAUUCCGGAGUUGAAUCACGAGGACUGCUUGCAUUACUGCAUUCCCGGCCCGCAGGACGUGUGGGCUCAGAUGCUGCAGAACGUGCUGCUGCAGCUGCUGCCAGAACCGGCACCUGCUGCUGCUGCUGCUGCUUAG